AUGGCAGGGGACAGAACCAAACGCUGUGAACUGGACCAAGAGAAAUACGAUGCUGAUGACAGUGUGAAGAUCAUCUGCUUGGGAGACAGCGCGGUGGGCAAGUCCAAACUCAUGGAGAGAUUUCUCAUGGAUGGAUUCCAGCCACAGCAGCUGUCCACAUAUGCCUUGACUCUGUAUAAGCACACCGCCACGGUAGAUGGAAAGACCAUCCUUGUGGAUUUUUGGGAUACAGCAGGGCAGGAGCGGUUCCAGAGCAUGCAUGCCUCCUACUACCACAAGGCCCACGCCUGCAUCAUGGUGUUUGAUGUACAGAGGAAAGUCACCUAUAGGAACCUGAGCACCUGGUAUGCAGAGCUUCGGGAGUUCAGGCCGGAGAUCCCAUGCGUCGUGGUGGCCAAUAAAAUCGAUGCAGACACACAGGUGACUCAGAAAAGCUUCAAUUUUGCCCGGAAGUUCUCCCUGCCUCUGUACUUUGUCUCAGCUGCUGAUGGUACCAAUGUUGUGAAGCUCUUCAAUGAUGCAAUCCGCUUAGCUGUGUCAUACAAACAGAAUUCCCAGGACUUUAUGGAUGAGGUUUUACGGGAGCUCGAGAAUUUCAAGUUGGAGCAGAAAGAAGAGGAUGCACCAGACCAAGAGCCGAGUAGCAGGAUUGAAAGCCCAUCCCCUACCUGAUCCAAGAGUAGCCUCGAAUCGCUGACUUGAGGGGAUGUGGGGGGAGCCUUUUGGAAGACCCCUCUAGCUGUGAAUGGAGCAGCUCUUCAGACCACCCUUGCUCAGCCUUCUGCAAACCCACCAUCCCCUGGUGUAGGAUGAGGUCAGCACAAGCACACUGGUGUGGGACCCCACCAACCUCCCUGCAGCAGAAUUAGCACUCAGUGCUUCCAAGCCUUCCACCCACACCCCCAGCUGAGCAGCAAAGAAUCAGGGAACAUACGUACAUGCCUCUUCAGAAAAUAGACAUUUAGGUGUUUAAGGUUUGUUUGGAUUUUGUUUUUUCCUCCCAAAACUGACCUCAGGGAUAUCUGAUGCAUAUCUGCCAAGAGAAUGAUCGCUGAUCCCUGGUUAUCACAUCCCGCUCCCCCAGCAGAAUUUGUGAGGCUCUGUCCUUUUUCCCUCGUCUCCCAGCCAACUUUUUUAAAACAAUGCCUUUGAACAUAGAACUAUUCAUUCCAGAUUUUCGAGUACCUACUAUUUCAAGAACUCUUCUACAUAAGGCUGAGAUCAUAGGAACCAGGUUUGCAUCACAGUAAAGAAAAAACAAUGUGUAGCUGUAUGUAAUCACAUACAUUACUGUUGGUAAACAUGAGGUCAAACAGCUGUGCCACAAGGAACACGUCACUGGGGUUGCAUGAAGUCAGCUUUCAGAAUAGCUUUCAAAGUCUUCCUGUCAGCAUGGGAACCUUUCCUCCAGUUCAUUAGGAUCCUUGAACACUGCCUUCUGUGAGUGACCAACGACUGAGUGGCAGAAGAGAUGCCCUGCUUGCCUCCUCCCCUGCCCAGUACCCGUGGCUUGGUAGUAUGCUUUUAUGAUCAUCCUGAACAUCAUUUGCAUUAUUUUCACUGUUGUUUUGUUUGUAUUUUUUACAAUAAACAUUGAGUUACAUAGAGU